AUGUCACCUCUUGCCCUGGGCGAAUCCAUUCCCCAGGACACAGCUCAUGCUGUCAGCGUGUCACUGCCCACAUGGAAAUCCAAUAUUGGUUACGAAGAAGGCGAAAAGUGGGUUGUCGAGAAGAUGGCGACUGGCUAUCCCAGGUUCUUCAUCCAUAAAAGUAUUCAGGCACUUGCCUCAGAUAUUGUAUCAGACUAUGGCUUAAGUGACCAGCAGGCAAUGCUGUUUCCGACUCCAGCAGCCGCACAACGCUGCAUUAACUUUGUCACCAACGCAGAGCCCAGCUAUCUACAGAAAAUCAAUCUUGUCGAGCUGGCUCUGGAUAUGUCCAAAACUCUAUCACCGUUGCUGAAGAAGCUUGCUCCAACAGUAUCUGCUAUCCUGUUGCCCAAGGCAGCUUUUCCCAUAGCAAAACAGUAUUGGCAACACACAGGAGAUGGUGUUUCAAGCCGCCGCGCCGAGUUUUGUCACAGCUUGCUGAGAGAUGGUCUGCUUAUUCCAACCAACUCAACUCAAAUAUCAAGCGAAGCAUCACCAUGGGCGAUCCGAGGACCCAAAAGAUACCAACGAACAGGGAAUAAUGGUAAUUCAAAGGAUACGGGAAGCUACAACUACGAGGAGUCUUUGGAAAGCUCUCGUUUCCUGGAAGAAAGAUUUGGGAGGAACUUAGACCUUGCAUUUGUGGAACGUGCUAAAUCUGCUAUCCGAAGACGAAUUGCCGGGUGUCUAGUACAAGACAUGGAUUCCUUACCUGUCAUGGCUUCGAAUUCACGGGGUUUGCAGAAUUUACACGAGGACGAUGUGUAUCUAUUUCCAGCGGGAAUGAAUGCCAUCUACAAUGCUCACCGGGCUCUUCUCUAUGCCAGGGGUCAAAUGAAAAGCGUCAAUUUUGGAUUUCCCUACGUUGACACGCUGAAAAUUUUGCAGAAGUUUGGUCCGGGGUGUGAGUUCUUCGGCCAUGCCUCAUCUGCCGACCUGGACAAAUUUGAGGAGCUCCUGAGAACUGGUCAUCGUUUCCUGGCGCUAUUUUGCGAAUUCCCAGGAAAUCCUCUCUUGAUAUGUCCAGAUCUACAACGGAUUCGUCGCCUAGCAGAUGAGUUCGAUUUUGCAAUCGUUGUAGAUGAAACCAUUGGGACUUUCGCCAAUAUCAACGUUCUGCCAGCUGCCGACAUUGUCGUAAGCAGCCUGACGAAGAUAUUCUCCGGCGAUUCUAACGUGAUGGGAGGGAGUGCCAUAUUGAACCCUAACAGUCGGUUCUACGGGCAAAUUAAAAAGGCUAUGAACUACAUAUACGAAGACACAUAUUGGCCAGAGGAUGCAAUUUUCAUGGAGAGGAACAGUCGAGAUUUUUUCAACAGAGUGGACCGUAUAAACACAAAUGCGGAAGCUAUUUGUGCUACUCUGCAACAACAUGCAAGCGUCAAGGACAUUUUCUACCCCAAGUGCAACCCGUCUAGGCAUUACUACGACGAGUACAGGCUGCCAAACAGAGGAUACGGAGGCCUACUGUCCAUUGUCUUCCAUUCUAGGCAACAUGCAGAGGCCUUCUAUGACUCCGUGGAAAUUGCCAAGGGGCCUAGCCUUGGAACCAAUUUUACGCUGGGUAGCCCGUACGUACUACUUGCACACUAUCAAGAGCUGCCCUGGGCUGCGCAGUUUGGGGUUGCAGAGGAUUUGGUUCGUAUCAGUGUAGGACUAGAAGACACUGAAAUGCUUCAAAAUAUUUUCAACAGAGCAUUGAAUGCGACGGAAACAAUGCCGAAGACAGAUUCAGAUUUCAACACUUAG